GGUCGCUGGUUCGAUUCCGGCAGGUCGGAUUUUUUUUCUUUUUUAACCCACUUUUAUAAUUUUAACAUAAUAAAUAAAUUUUUACAAUCAAAUGAUUAAACAUCCGACCUUAGCUCAGUUGGCAGAGCGGAAGACUGUAGUUGUAUGCAGAUAAUCUUGAGGUCGCUGGUUUGAUUCCGGCAGGUCGGAUUUUUUUUUUUAAUUUUUUUUAAAAAUCAAAUCAGAUUUCUCUCUCUUUCUUAGGCGGUUUGGGGGAUUCGGUUUCUUGCAAUUAGGGUUUUCUGAUUCCAAAUCUGCUUAUAAUCUUCCCCAAUUAUCCGAGCUUUACGGAUGUUGAAUUACUGCAAUUGAACUACAACUUAUGCCAAAAAAUCUGCCAUGAAUGAGCUGUUGACAGUCUUGACACCAUUUUGCUGUGGAUUAAUGUCAGUUGGCCUGGUCGAGCUAAGGACAAUAUUUGUACAAUCAUCGUCAUAUGCGCUCAAUUUAGGCAGCUGGUUUGAAUCCAGCAGAUCAUAACGCUGGUCUGAUAACAUAGAAGCCUCACUGUGGGAUCCAACUCAUCCGAGAUAAGAUAUCUGUUGGGGAAAAUCUGUCUUCCACUUAUACUGUAAAAUUACAAGCCAGUGAAUACGCCGAGAUUUUGAAGCCCCAGAAUGGAGAGAGAGGUGGUGGAGGCAGAGUUAGUGCUGCCAACCCACUUGAAGUUCAAGAAGAUUCAGAUGUAUGAGAAGUACCCUAAGGGUCAAUCUAGGGGCAGGCAUUGGAAGCAUCUCAAACAGAUUCUCCAAGCUGAAAAUUACAGCAAUUACCCUCCUGAUGAACCCAAUUAUGUUAAUAUCGAGUCACCACCUUCAAUGCAUCCACCAAAGAGAAUUUGUGAUUUUACAGGAUAUGAGGCACCUUAUUCUGAUCCAAGGACCAAUAUGCGUUAUGCCAAUGCUGAAGUUUUUAAGCAAAUCAGGUCACUUCCCAAUGAUUACGUGCAGCGAUAUCUGGCUCUUAGAAAUGCUGCUGUUGUCCUCAAGUAGUUUAUUGCUUCCCUUCAACGACCUUCUGUUUAGAUACUUGCCAUGUCCUUAGUCCCAUCGUUCAAAUAUGAUGAAGCCACUUUUGUCAGCAAAACUCUGCAUUACUUGAAGAUUAUCCACUAUUCCCUGCAGAACUAUGCGUCACAAAGUAAUACAACUGUAAUCUGUAAUCUGAUUCAAAUCAGGCAGCUGAGGUUGUGCAUCUAACUCUCAAAUACAUGUGACUGCAUUACUAAUUUACUAGUAGUCAGUUGGAUAAUUGGUCUAGACAUGUACAUUUUUGCUGAAUUGCUAUAAUAUUGUAGUUUCAAAGGUUGGUAUUAUAACAGGCUGCGUCCCCAGAUAUUCCAGAAAUCAUUCAGCAGAUGUGAAUAUAUUAGCUUUUUAUGCA